AUGGUGGCCGUGGAGGUAGAGGUCGAGGCUGAGGGUUUCACAGAGAAAGAGGCUGUGGACGAGGAUGGCACUCAGACCAACCUCUGUCGUUACAAGAACAAGGAAGCAAACCUAGCUGAAGACACUAAAGACACCAAGGAGGCUGAUAAAGGACUACUGUUCAUGGCAUCCAGUGAAGAUACGAAUGAAAGAGGAGAUAUGUGGCUCAUUGACUCAGGAUGCUCAAAUCAUAUGUCAGGAAAUAGAAUGAUAUUUCAAAACUUGGAGGAAGUGUCAAAUCAAACCAUCAGGCUAGGAGACGGAAACAUCUUGCAAGUUGGCAGGAUUAGCUCUAUUGUUCUUCGCUCCGACUGUGGAAGAACAAACACACUAACUGACGUGCAGUAUGUGCCUCAUCUAGCGCACAACUUGUUGAGCGAUUGGUCGGUGAUGAGCUCUGGUUACCUGUUGAGUUCUCUCGAAGAGAAGUGUGUUAUUAAGGAUGCAAGACUAAAGCCAAGAUUGCAGUAUGCAUGA